AUGACAAGUUCCUGUGGUGGCAUAUUUAGAGAUGAUAAAGCUAGGCAUUUGGGGAGUUUUUGCGCUUACCUCCAUGCUGGGAAUGUUGUUUCUGCUGAGCUGCUUGUAGCAAUCAUGGCAAUUGAGAACGCUAGGGAUAAUGGUUGGAACAAAUUGUGGCUUGAAACUGAUUGCAUCUUUGUGGUCAAGGCUUUUUCAAAGGUGGAUAUGGUUCCUUGGCAUUUAAAGGCUCGUUGGAGUUUUUGCUGUGCUUACACUCUUCAAAUUGAUUUUGUUGUUUCGCAUACCUUUCGCGAAGCAAACUUUUGUGCUGACUUAUUAGCUAACAUAGGAUACAACACCAAGAAAUUCACUUGGUUUGAUAGUCUUCGUCAUGAUCUUUCCAAGGACUUUUUGCUUGACAAACAAGGCUUCCCUAGAUUUAGGCUUUGUACUUAA